GCGCGUGACGUCACGGGGGCGGGGCCCGAGCGGGCGGGGGGCGGGACCAAGGCCGAGAGCUCCGGAGUUACGCCAGUUACACUCGAAGAAACGCUGACGGGACAGCGGUUCGGGCCAAUCGCAGUGGGGCCUGCGGAGGCCGCGAGCCUAGGGUGGAGACUUCGGAGACUGCAGUUGCAGUUCUAAGAACAAAGGGAAUUGGCUAUGGAUAAUUCAUAUCAUUUCAAUCAACGAAACUCAUGUAAUGGACUUCCAUCUGAGAAGAAAAACAACUUCCUUGUGUCUGAAGAUCAUGGACAGAAAAUCUUAAGCGUACUGCAGAAUUUUAGAGAACAAAAUGUCUUUUAUGAUUUCGAAAUCAUCAUGAAAGAUGAAAUAAUCCCAUGUCAUCGCUGUGUCUUAGCAGCGUGCAGUGACUUUUUCAGGGCUAUGUUUGAGGUAAACAUGAGAGAGAGAGACGGUGGGAGCGUCACCAUCACUAACCUGUCCUCCAAAGCCGUGAAGGCGUUCCUUGACUACGCCUAUACUGGGAAAACACAGAUAACGGAUGAUAAUGUGGAAAUGUUCUUCCAGUUGUCCUCAUUUCUUCAAGUUUCCUUCCUAGCCAAAGCUUGCAGUGACUUCUUAAUAAAAAGUAUUAACCUUGUCAACUGUUUACAGUUACUAUCUAUAUCAGACAGCUAUGGCUCCCCCCGCUUAUUCGAUCAUGCACUGUACUUUGUACAGAACCACUUUUCCUUACUAUUUAAAUCCAGUGAUUUCUUAGAGAUGAACUUUGGAGUCCUGCAGAAAUGCCUGGAAUCAGAUGAGCUAAAUGUCCCAGAAGAGGAAACUGUACUGAAAGUUGUCCUUAGUUGGACCAAACAUAACUUAGAAUCAAGGCAAAAGCAUCUGCCUUAUUUGAUUAAAAAGGUCCGAUUACAUCAGUUAUCUGAGGAGACCCUUCGGGACUGUCUGCUCAAUGAGGAGUGUUUACUCAAAAGCACAAACUGUUUUGAUGUGAUCGUGGAUGCUGUUAAGUGUGUGCAAGGUUCUGGUGGGCUUUUCCCGGACGCUCGACCAUCCACAACUGAAAAAUACAUAUUCGUUCACAAAACUGAGGAAAAUGGAGGAGACCAAUAUACAUUUUGCUAUAAUAUCAACAGUGAUUCGUGGAAAGUACUGCCACAGUCACACCUGAUUGAUUUGCCAGGGUCUAGUCUGUCUAGUUACGGAGAGAAAAUAUUCCUGACAGGUGGUUGCAAAGGGCCGUGCUGUAGAACAGUUCGGCUGCAUAUUGCAGAAUCCUAUCAUGAUGCAACCGAUCAAACCUGGUGCUACUGUCCAGUUAAAAAUGAUUUCUUCCUGGUAUCACCUAUGAAGACACCAAGAACCAUGCAUACAUCAGUUUUGGCUCUCAAUAGGUUAUUUGUCAUAGGUGGAAAGACCAGAGGCGCACAGGACAUUAGAAGUCUCUUAGAUGUUGAAUCUUACAACCCUCUUUCCAAAGAAUGGAUAUCCGUUAGCCCAUUACCCAGGGGUAUAUACUAUCCCGAAGCAAGUGCAUGCCAGAAUGUAAUUUAUGUUCUUGGAUCAGAGGUAGAGAUUACAGAUGCCUUUAACCCAUCACUAGAUUGCUUUUUUAAAUACAACGCGACCACUGAUCAGUGGUCUGAACUAGUAGCAGAGUUCGGGCAGUUUUUUCAUGCAACGUUAAUUAAAGCUGUCCCAGUAAACUGCACGCUGUAUAUAUGUGACCUUUCCACCUAUAAGGUGUAUAGUUUUUGUCCAGAUACUUGUGUCUGGAAGGGUGAGGGCUCCUUUGAAUGUGCAGGCUUUAAUGCAGGCGCAGUUGGAAUUGAAGACAAAAUUUAUAUCUUGGGUGGUGACUACGCACCAGACGAAAUCACAGAUGAAGUGCAAGUCUACCACAGCAGCAGAUCUGAGUGGGAAGAAGUCUCACCAAUGCCAAGAGCCUUAACUGAAUUUUACUGCCAGGUGAUUCAGUUUAAUAAAUACAGAGACCCAUGGUUUUCUAAUCAUUUCUGAGAGGAGUAUGUGCUUAGACAUUCUAAAACUAUUCCAGUUGUAGAAGCCUACUAUAAAUCUGUUAACCUUAAUAGGUGGUAACAAGGUCUUUGCCUCUUAGUAAAAUAAAAUGUACCUUCUGUUAGAGAAUCACUAUGAAUGUACAGCAUAUAUGACUUAGCAUUGGCAGGAACUUAAAAUACAAAAUACAUUUACCAAAAAUUAUAUCGAGUAUAAUUUAAUCUUGGAGAAUCCAGAAUACUUAGUAUUUUCAUAUGUAAAUAAAACUCAUAGGCUUUGAUGUCUUGAUUUUUGGAAUACUUUAUCCAUGAAAGACUAGUAAGAACAAAUCAAUGUUCACAGAUUUGUACUGUUUAGAUGGGAAAAAUCUCUUUAGGUAGUGAAAAUGAAUUAUUUGCACACUAUAUUAGAUGAAGUGAAAAUUAAAUUAGAAAAAGGUAAGAAGCUUGUUCCGUUACUACAAGUGUGAGUGUUGCUGAAUUCCUAUCCUUACUGAUUGUGGCUUAGCUUCUUUUCACCAUUUUUUUUUUUUUUUUGGUCAAGUAAACUUUUCUAAAAUGCAGGGUAUUUCCCCAGCCUUCUAAACUAUACACUAAACACGAGGCACGGGGCUUGACUUUUUUUUAUGAUUCAACUCUUCAUUAAGGGCAUAAUGUACCAUUUUAUAAUGCCAUAAUGCCAUCAGCAAUUACUGAAAUGCUUUUAAAAUUGCUAAUUCUAUUAGUUCUCAGUACUAGUUGGUUUCAAAUUUCUAGCAGUAUCGUAUCUUUCUUAUUUUUUAGCUCAAGCUCAGUAAAUUAACAUUCAUGAUUUAAUUAUUAGUUCUGAGUUACAUUUGAUUUGAGUAUUUCUUAAUACGUAACCCACUGAGUGAAGUUCUUGGAUUUGGAGAUGGUAGUCCUAAAAUACUUUAUCUGUAUCCUUGCCAGCUUCCAACAUUAUUGAGGACGUAGGAUUUCUGACUUCUAGAAAAGGGUAUCAUUAUGUUGCAUUUCUUUAAUUUUUAAAUGUCCAAAUUUGAGUUGCAAUAAGAAAUUUCAGCAUUUAAAUUAGUACUGUAUCUAAUUUUCUUUGAUGAUAUAUACCAUCUGUAAAGCACUGUGUUUACUACUUAUGUAAAUUAGUCAUAGUGAAUUAUUUUCUAAAUUUUUUUUAAAUGACUGGGCUUUUGAUGAUCAUAUUCACAACCUGCUAUAUCUGUUUAGAUGCUUAAUCCUCUUUAACCCAAACAAAGAAAGAUAUUAAUCAUCCUUGUUCUCAGCUAGGAUGAUUCUGUGUUGCAAGAGAAUAUGGGUUUUUUUCCCCUAAGUUUAAAAGAUAUAACUAUAUUAGGUUUAAAAGUGAAAAUAUACCUAAAUAAAGGUCCUUUUACUAUACCAGAUAGAUUUAUGCAACUGUAUGCUUCAAAUAUAUAUAUAUAUUUUUUUCAAAAUAGAACAGGAUAUUAGACUGCAUUAUCAUGCAAUUCCAAAAUCAGGGACUAUCCCUAAUCAGAUGACAGUUGCAUAAAAAGUAUUCUAUAGAACCGGUGGCCUGCCUUCCUAAAUUGGCUCUGCCCUUUCCUGUGUGUGUGUGUGUGUGUGUGUGUGCAAGAAAAAAAGAAAAUUUAAUGAAGGCUUUGUGUAUAUAUUUGUGGUGUGUGUGUGUGUGUGUGUGUGCAAGAAAAAAAGAAAAUUUAAUGAAGGCUUUGUGUAUAUAUUUGUGGCUUUGGAAACAAAUAUUUAAGAAAGACCAUAACACAGUGGGUGACCUAUCUGUGCAUUUACUGAACUGUCAAUUUAAGCAUAUAUAAAUAAUUAAAGUAUGUUUAAAAUAAGUAUUGUUUUAAUUACUGACUCUAGGAAUUGUUAAUCUCUUCCAGAAAGGAGAAACUAAGCUGAAACAGAAUCCCUUCCUGAUCUUGUUUCAUUAUUCUAUUUGAUGUCCACCAGUCUUCUCAUUGGCCAUUGAUUCAUGGUAAUAUUUCUAGAACAAGGCCUAGGUAGCUCCCUCUGCAUUUGAUUUAAUAUAUUUUCUAACACACAAGGCUUUCUGCCUCUUUUCUACAAUUGCUGCAGUUUACUUGUUAAUCAUUUUUUUCUCUUACUGCCAUUCCUUUACAUUGGCAACUGAGUGCUCUUUGUCAGUUGUAUCGGCAAGAAAAGUCAUAAAAACCCAAACUCUUCCUCUUCUACUGCUCUUUAUUCUUGGCUCCCCAGCGGUCUGUGCUGGGCUUGGCUCAAUUAAUAACUGAUCUAAUUCUAUCUAAUUUUGCAUCUUCUUGUAAAGGUAGCACUUCCAUUAUCUGUCUGACAUAUUGAAAAAUGGUUCUCUCUGUUCCAAAUCCUUGAGGAACCCAGCCACAUGCACGCAUGCUCAGAGACUGAACCAGUUACAUCUUUAUGAACUUGCCGAUCCCUGGCUCCAUGUCCAAGAACCAUGUCUAUCAUUCUGGCCUCACCGUCAUUAUGGAUCUCUGAUAGGCAAGUCUCUGAUCUCUCAAGUUUAUUCUCAGUAUCCAGAAAGAGUUGUAAUCCUGUCUGUAAAGUUAGGUAAGAGAAAAUAACACAUCCCUUUACCUAUGGCCUGUUCCCUGAGUCUUUUUUUCUUCUUCUUUAUAGUCUACUCUCAUUCAUUAUCAUCCUUCAGCCAGUGUUGCAUUCUAAGAGGCAAAAUAAUUGUGCUCAUUACCCAGAUUCCUUUCAUUCUUGUGGGAAAAUUCUGUUCAACAUUUCUAAAUCCUUUAUCAUUUGUCUUGCUCCAUUACAUUUGGAUUAUGCAUGCAAAAAAUUCUAAUAUUGUAACAUAUUCUAAAAUUGAAAGUAGGUAUAUGGCAUUAUUAUAUAUGAAAACAAAUUCAACAUUUAUAUGAGAUCAAUUCAAAGUUAAUGAAUACUCCUGGAGUGAUCUGCAAACUUGAUUUAAAAUGUGGAGCACCUUUUAUUCAUCUACUGCCAGUGAGACUGAGCAGUAUGAAGAAUAUUUGCAUAAUGAAAAUUAACUGCUUUCCCGUUAAACUCAACUUGGGUUCUGGGUGGAAAAGAAGUCUUUAUCAGAGCAGUAGUCCAUCAUGCUACCCUUGAAAGUUAAAAUGUAAUUUGAGAGUGACCACAUCCUGCAACACGAUUCUGUUUUUCUCCAGACACCAAGAGCAACCGAACAUGUAUAGUGUACUGAGCUCAAGGGGCACAGUUGAGAAAAUCAGACUCAGAGAGAGAAGCAUGUAUAUACAGUCUGAGAUUUGGAAGCAGUAAAUACAAUGUAAUGAUUAGAUGGACUGUUGAAAAUGUAGUGUUACUUUUAGAUCUUCAUUCUCUGUUUCAUUGGAUCCAGUGUUUGAGAAUUCUUUUAUAUUUAGAAUUGAAAAUGACUCAAAAAUGUCUUCUGGGCAGCCCCAGAGGGCAACUCAACACAAAGGCUUGAAUUUCUAGGGAGGCAGAUUUCCACUCAACAUAAAUCACUUUACUCCACUUUCCAAAGCCAUAUUUAGAAUAAGACAAGUCUUCAAAUGUGCCAUGUGGCAGAUGGUCAGUUCCUACACAGCAGUAUACAACCAAAGAUUUCUACAUUCGCUUUACACAUUUCAAUCUGACUAGUUUUCUGACCUACAACUGAUGACUUCCUCGUCUGAUUAAUUUAGCAUUUUGGCUUCUAAGUAACUUGAUUUCAUUGGCUCUGCAUACUCAAGGUUUCAAUAGGACUUGAGUCUUACAAACUAUACCAGUUUAGGAGCAGUCUUAUCAAAGGGAAUUUGUAAUCUGUUCUUCAUUUGUUUUUCUGUUUGUUUUUUUCAUCACUCAGGAAAAAUCUGUAAAUGGUGCUGACAUUUCUAGUGCACUGCAAGUAGUCAUUCUUCCUCCCCUCUACCGCAGGUGCACAUUUGUUUCAUAGAGAAUAGAAACUGAAAGACCAGCACCUAAAAUUUUCUCCUGAAUUAGUUCCUAUUUUGCUGCAAAUGUUACUACAUAGUUAAAUGUAGUGAUUCUAGUUAAAGAUUAUAUGAUUUAAAAUAAUAUCUUUAUAUCUUAAAAACCUAGAUAUGUUUAUAAAUUGUUUGACGGCACUAUGAUGCUUAAUCAAAUUUCAUCUAGACAGGGAAUAUAAUCACAGGAUGAUACUAUUACACACUUAUCAAAAGAUAACUCUUCUAAAUCUUAGACUCAUAUUCAAACUUAAAAAUAUCCUUGGAAUCCAAUACAGCUUCUGACAUGCUGGAAAAAGCCCCUCUAACUCCACAAUACUCUGACAAGAUGAUUCACUCUGACAGUUGAUUUUUUUUAAUUCAAUUUCUAAUUCAGUUCUUUCAGGAAGAAAGAGUUCAAUGCCUUCAUUUUUGAAAAGUUCUAUUACUGCUCACACUGAAAGCACUGCUGCCUCCUGGCAAAACUUCCAGCCCCUGGUCCUCAGGAGCUGUCUCUACAGGUAUUUCAAACAGUAGCAUGUCUCCCCUUUCUCUAAAAUCAAGUUGUCUUAUUCCUUCUUGUUCAAAUGCUUAGCACUUUAAAACCUGCCACAACGGCUGGGGUUACAUGCCUUUCCUCGUACGGGUGCCUCAAAAUCUAUCCUAAUUCUCUCACCUCUUAAGUUGAAUAUGACCAGCUCUUGAUAAUUCAGGCAUUUUAUUCCCUGAACCACCUCUCUAGUUCUCAUAAAUCCAAGCUGAGCUAUAGCCUUGCUGGAUCUCUCUCCUUUACCUGUCCCCCACCCCCCAUCAGCAUAACUACAAACACACAUUUUCUGGGAGGGGAAUUCUAAAGCUAAAUUUUUAAGUCUUAAGUCAAUCAUUUGUCAUUAGAUAGGAUUUUCAGACUCUUAAAAGCACUCCAAAUAAAGACCUUCAAAAGUAUAUAAAAGAAACCAGAGCAGUCACAUCCUUGGUGGUUAAUGGGAGGACAAUUUGCUCCCAAAUCAAUAAAAACUAGCUAUUGUAAGUGGUAGUAACAUCUAAGUUUGGAGCUUCACCUAUGCUGUUAGUCUGAUGGGAUAGAGCAUGCUAUUUCCACGAAAUAAUGCCAUUGUUAAAUAAUGCUGUGAGCCAGGAAGCUUUAUUCAUCCCAUUAACUUUGACAACAUUCCCUACACAUAGCUAACUAUCUCAACAAAUUAUGCUAUUGGUUCCAAGGGUAACAAGCUUGCUGAAAUAACUCCUAGUUCUCUGAGUAUCACAUGUAGUGUAAAUAUUUCUUUACAUGUCUGUCUUCCUCAUUAAAUUGGAAGCUCUUAGGAAUAAGGACAAUAUAUUCAUCAUUUCUGGACCUAGCAAUUAGCAUAGUGCCUGCACACAGUAAGACAUCCAGUAAACUGAUAUUCUGUUGAGCCACUAUGUGAAACAAAAUAGGUUGGUUACAAUUAUGUUGUUACUGAAUAGAUCCAUUAUAACUGUACAUUUUGCAACCUAUGUUCAUGUACAAAGGAAAUUGUUUUGAUCUAAUUCAGGAUUUUACAUUUUAGAAUGUUAUCACAUUGUACUUAGUUAUUUAUUAAUGUAUGGUUUUUUGGUAAUUGAUAUUUUUGUCAUGUUCAGAGUCUGAAGAAAUUUACAUAAUUUACACAACUGCAGUUUUUAUUAAUAUAUGGGAAAGUUAAUAAUGAAGCAAUUGUUGAGACUGAGAUUGCAUUACACAGUGUACUGCCCAUCUCUGGAAAACAUGAAUAGUUGCAUAAUGUAUGUACAAUUGGUUCUUGAAAGUAAAAUUAUAGAUUGAAAGUCAUUUAUACACCUAAUUUUUUAGUGCUUAGGGAGUAUUUGUUCUCAAUUAAUUUUAAUUAUAAUAUCUAACUCUAUGUUUCCUUUCAAAGGUAAUCAUAUAUGACUCUGACUGCAAAUUUCCUUGUUGGGCAUGCGACCCACUUUCAUUCUCCAUUAAAGCAUAAUAGUCUCAGCAAUAUUUUCCACACUUGGGGAGAUAAUGCCCCCAAGCUACUGGACUAUGCAUACACAAAUAAUUUUCUUCAUUUCCCUGCUAAUGGAAUGUGGGCUUUUGCCAAAUGCUGUAAGAAAUAAAAUCAGAAUUUUUGCAGGUCCAUGUGAACCAUAUUAACAUGUAGUGAAACAUUUCAAUCCUAUAAAAUGAUAAUUUAUUAAAAUGUAUCUCAGAAAAGAACACAUUCUGUGUGUAUUUAUUCUUACUGGAAAUAAACGUGGUAGAUAUGA